UCAGCUCAGUUGAUCGGGCAGCUCGAUAGAGUUCGGUUCUAUACACAAGUAUACACAAAUACUGCUCAGCGGUUUUUGAAAUUGCAUUUUAAAACAAAUAUUUUUCGGACAAAAGUAUUGCUCAUAAUGGCUGCCAACAAAUUGUGCUGCACUCUGGCUAUUGGCGCUCUAUUGUGCCUGGGAUUCGCGGCUCUCAUUCAAGCUCAGGAUAAGCCGGUGACUGAUGUGUGUCUGGGAUGCAUCUGCGAGGCCACAAGUGGAUGCAACCAGACCCGUUUCUGCGGGGCUGGAGUUUGCGGACUGUUUCGCAUCACCUGGGCCUACUGGUCCGAUGGCGGCAAGCUGACCCUGGGAAACGAGAGUCCCCAGGCGGAGGAAGCCUAUGCCAACUGCGUGAACGAUCCUUACUGCGCGGCCAACACCAUCCAGAACUACAUGACCAAGUUCGGGCAGGACUGCAAUGAUGAUGGAACCAUCGAUUGCUACGACUUUGCGGCCAUCCACAAGUUGGGCGGCUAUGGGUGCAAGGGCGAGCUGAGCUACCAGUACCAAACGCAGCUGACCAACUGCCUCAAUUCGUUCCAGCACAUCGACGUUCGCAGCAGCAAGUAAACCCAUCAUCUUGCUAAACUUAUGUUCUAAUUAAAUUUAAAUAAUGUAAUAAUUAAUAAUUUAUGGCAAUGCAUUUGAAUUCGAUUAAGAUUGCGCUAUUGAGAUUGAUAAUAAAUGACAGCGAAAAGGGAAA